GCAACAGAUUCAUGAUAUCCGUCAUUUCUAAGCUGACGAGUUGGAAAGACUAGUAGGAAGGUGAAGAAAGUCGCUACUUUGUGUUUUCUUCUCCAAACAUUGUGCGGGAAUCUCCUUGGGAAAUGUUUUCUUUCUCAGUUUUGAUUGGAAUCGCUCUUUUCGGUGCGCUUACUGGAAAGGAUGACGUCUAUGACUUACCGAAGCCAGACUUGUUCAUGGAUCCACCCUAUGAAGUGUUUGUUAACGGAGAGAAUAUAACAUUGAAGUGUCGCUGUCACUGCCCCUUCACAAGAAUCCAAUACUACCACGGAAGCGUCAAUUUGGAUUAUAAUGAUUAUCCACUAGAACCAUGUAAGGCACAUCUUGAUUAUCUGCAUCAUGCGGUGGCUGAAGGGUAUUAUAGAUGCCAAUGCAUGGCUCUUGAGAAUAAUACAUGGAGAAAGUCGACGGAGAGCGACCCCGUUCACAUACAUUUAGCAGGUCAACUUUCACAACCGUCUAUCAUCAAAUCGAAGGCAACUUUAAGCAGAGCAAGUAUUUUGAUUUCCUGCAAAGGUGACAUUCGUUCCACAGGGGGGAGGUUUUACUUGUACAACAAUCGAUACGACCAACCUCAACAGGUUCUUGAAGUGCUUGCCCAUGAGCGGACCGUGAGCUUUACCGUAAAAGUGGUGGAAAACAGUUCCGUAGGAAAUUAUAGUUGCCGCUACGGAACAAAGGUUUUAGGACGAUGGAUGGAGUCCCCACUAAGCCCAACCAUUGCAGUUACUGAGGGAGCCGGAGACAAUGAGUUGUUGUUACACGUUGGCCUGGGCUGUGGCGCUUCAAUCAUCGUUGUACUGACUGUGGUGCUCACUUCAAUCUUCAUCGUCAAGACAGGGCGAAACAAAAGGCAGAAAUUCGAGAGAGGUGGAGCCGCAGCCUGUGAAGUUCACCUGGAAGAAGACAACGAUAACAUGUAUGUCAACCCAAAUUCCUGUUCAUAUUAUGACGCCAUGGGUGUAUCUCCAGGAGUGGCAAAGAAUGAGGAGGAGGGACUUCUCUAUGCUACGUUGAAUUUGGAAGUGCUGAAUGAGAAUGCUGCUGCCUCCGUGUUCAGUGGUGAGACUGUCGUUUACAGUGACGUGAAAAAUGAAUAGCAUUUCUCGUUAGCAUCUACCUGGCUUGUU